AUGGACACCGCCGCCGCCUCACUCUUGCCCCCCGCCGCCGCGAAGCCCCGAGGCGUCCUCUCUCCUCUCCACGUUUCCCGAAGCGGCCUGGUACCCCGUCAGCGCUCCCUCCUCGCCGUUCGCUGUGCCCACUUCCGUGCCCCUCCUCCACCUCCGCCUCUCCCGCGCGCCGAUUCCGAUGAUGCUGCCGCCAAGGCGCACCCGCGCCUCCGUCUCCGCCUGCUUGCCGAGGAGUUCCGCGCACUCCCAUCUGACGCAGACCGCGCGCGCCGGCUCCUUUCCCUCGCGGCUGCGCUCCCGAGGCUCCCGGAGCCCGACCGCGCCCAGGGCAACCGCGUCAUGGGCUGCGUCGCGCGGGUGUGGCUCGUCGCCCGCUGCAACGCGGCAACGGGCUGGCGGAUGCGGUUCGCGGCGGACUCCGACUCUGACCUCUCGCGUGGGUACUGCGCCUGCCUCGUCGCCGCACUGGACGGGGCCAAGCCUGAGGACGUCCUCGCCGUCGACCCCGCCGAUCCCGACCUCGCCCCGCUCGGGGCGGGGAUAACGGCGGCCCGGUCGCGGGCCAGCACGUGGCACAACGUGCUUGUCGGCAUGCAGAAGCGGGCGCGCACGGCCAUCGCGGCGCGCGAGGGUAGGCACCCCGGGAAGCCGUUUCCGUCGCUCGUCAUCGCCCGCGACGGCGCCGUCCGCGCGCAGGGCAGCUACGCCGAGGCGCAGGCGAUGUUUUUAUCUCCUGACGAGUCCAAGAUUUCAGGCCUUGUGAAUACCCUUAAAGAGAAAAAAAUUGGGGUUGUUGCACACUUUUAUAUGGAUCCUGAGGUGCAAGGCAUACUUACUGCUGCAAAGAAGCAGUGGCCCCACAUCCAAAUAUCUGAUUCCUUGAUUAUGGCAGAUAGUGCUGUUAAAAUGGCUGAAGCAGGAUGUGACUAUAUUACAGUUCUAGGUGUUGACUUCAUGUCAGAAAAUGUUCGGGCAAUACUUGAUCAAGAAGGAUUUAAUAAGGUUGUCGUUUAUAGAAUGUCUAGUGAACCGAUUGGCUGUUCAUUAGCAGAUGCUGCUUCAAGUUGUGAAUAUACUCAUUUUUUGAGGGAAGCUUCGAGAUGUUAUCCGUCUUUGCAUGUUAUUUACAUUAAUACUUCGCUGGAAACAAAAGCUCAUGCUCAUGAACUUGUUCCUACAAUAACUUGCACCUCUUCUAAUGUUGUUCCAACUAUAUUACAGGCAUUUGCCCAAAUACCAGAUCUUAAUGUCUGGUAUGGUCCUGAUUCAUAUAUGGGUGCAAACAUAGCAGAUUUAUUUCAAAGAAUGGCUACAAUGUCAGAUGAAGAAAUUGCAAAAAUUCAUCCAGACCACAACAGAAAAUCUAUAAGUUCAUUACUGCCACAUCUACACUAUUACCAGGGUGGUAACUGUAUGGUUCAUGACAUGUUUGGCCAUGAGGUUGUGGGGAAAAUAAAGGAACAAUAUUGUGAUGCAUUUCUAACAGCACACUUUGAGGUCCCUGGAGAAAUGUUCUCUUUGGCAAUGGAAGCAAAGCGGAGAGCAAUGGGAGUUGUUGGAUCCACUCAGAACAUCUUGGAUUUCAUUAAGGAUCAUCUCAUGGGAGCUCUGGACAGAAAUGUAGAUGAACAUCUUCAGUUUGUGUUAGGAACAGAAUCAGGGAUGAUCACUUCAAUUGUUGCUGCUGUUCAGGAAUUAUUUGAUUUGUAUUCUUCUCAAGAGAGAGCAAACAUUGAAGUAGAAAUUGUGUUUCCGGUUUCCUCGGAUGCGAUUUCUAAGACAUCGAAUGGUUCUCAUAAUGUUGGUUCUUCAAUGGGUACUGAUUUAGAUAAUCUUACUAUUGUUCCUGGUGUGAGUUCUGGCGAAGGCUGCUCCAUUCAUGGUGGUUGUGCCUCGUGCCCCUACAUGAAGAUGAAUACCCUGGGGUCGCUACUUAAAAUUUGCCAUCAGCUUCCUGAUAAAAACAACAAAUUAUCUGUAUAUCAAGCUAACAGAUUUAAUGUUAAGACUCCUCUUGGAAAAUCAGUUGCAGAGGUUGGGUGUGAGCCUAUUCUGCAUAUGCGGCAUUUCCAGGAAACAAAGAGGUUACCCCACAAGCUUGUUCACCAGGUUGUCCAUGGUAAUGGUGACGAACUCUCGUAA